UCUCCGGCAAGCGGAUGUUGUCGAACCUUUUUAGCAGGCAGCAGCAGGCUCACCCACAGGGGAAAGUAGCAACAGAAGACGGCUAAUUUGACCUCCAGUGUUUUUACCCUACCUCAACUGACUUUAACCAUAACGCCACCAAUGUCGUCAUUUCACCGCAUGGAAUAUUUUUUAAUGACAUCCCCGUGACAUUUUUGUUUGCCGUGUCCGCGGCGCGUUAGCAUACCGGCUAGCGACAAGCUAACUGGGCUAAUUCAACUAUGGCAAGUGCGGGACUCUUUGGACUGGGAUGACGAAACCAGUUCGUCAACGUCUGGCAAUUAUUAACAUUUACGGUCUACUGGUAGGUUUCUGACGGUUGUAAGCGUUAUGGAGAACUCCUUGGCAAGGACUACAAUUAUUUGCCCUCAUCUAAUAAAUGGGGAGUGGGCCUUUUGAACGUUACUAUUCAGAAAGUCAACAUUUGCUUUCGUGUGUGUGUGUGUGUGUACGCGUGCACAGCAAGUGGUGACACUGGAUUUUAAUAAUUAAUUAAAUUGAUAAUUUAUUCAAUUGCAAAAUAUAAAACAGAAGGCCAUGUAUUUGGGUUUCGUGUCACAUAUCCUGCUUCCAGUAGAUCCGGUUGACAGCAUGGAAAAGUCAACAACUGUUACGUGUAACCAUUGAUAUGGCACUUAUACAACAUUCUCAGUUAUUUACUGAUAAAGGAGAUGGCGUGCGAGUGGCUAAGGCUCGCUGUGUGGUAGUUACAGUUUCUAGCUGCUAUUGUAACAAAAUGCCAAGAGACUAAUCGAGAGUCAAGUGAAAUUGGAUCCGUCGCUGCACAUCUGGCCACGAUGUCAUCGGCACUGUUUGUCUUGAUGCUGCCGGCGGCGUUAUGUAGCCUGGGACUUUCCAUGUCGCGGGAUGAGAAGCUCAAGUUGAGGGAUCAAGUGGUCGAGAUGUUUGACCACGCGUACCAGAAUUACAUGGACCAUGCUUACCCAGCCGACGAGCUGAUGCCGCUAACAUGCAGAGGAAGAGUGCGUGGACUGGAACCCAGUCGGGGUGAUGUGGACGAUGCGCUCGGAAAGUUCUCGUUGACCCUCAUCGACACUCUGGAUACUCUUGUGGUUUUGAACAAGACGGUGGAGUUUGAGGCUGCGGUCAGGAGAGUCCUGUCAGACGUCAGGUUGGAUAACGACAUUGUGGUGUCGGUGUUCGAAACCAACAUUCGAGUUCUGGGGGGUCUCUUGGGCGCUCACUCCAUGGCUGUGAUGCUGAAGGAAGAAGGACAGCACAUGCGUUGGUACCAAGACGAGCUGCUGCACAUGGCCAAAGACCUGGGCCUCCGACUGCUGCCGGCAUUCAACACCAGCAGUGGCCUUCCUUACCCCAGGGUGAACUUGAAGUACGGCGUCAGGGGGCCCGAGACACGGACGGGCACAGAAACCGACACCUGUACGGCAUGCGCGGGAACCAUCAUCCUGGAAUUUGCUGCCUUAAGUCGCUUCACUGGGGAUCCAGUUUUUGAGGCUCAUGCCCGGAGAGCCCUGGACUUUCUUUGGGAGAAGAGGCAGAGGAACAGCAAUCUGGUGGGAACCACCAUCAACAUCCACUCGGGAGAGUGGGUCCGCCGGGACAGCGGAGUUGGAGCAGGAAUUGACUCGUACUAUGAAUACCUCCUCAAGGCCUACGUUCUUCUGGGAGAUGACCAGUUUCUUCAGCGCUUCAAUAUUCACUAUGCAUCCAUAAUGAAGUACAUAAGCCAGCCCCCCUUGCUGUUGGACGUGCUCAUCCACAAGCCGCUGCUUCCCACUCGCACCUGGAUGGACUCUCUGCUAGCGUUCUUCCCUGGUCUGCAGGUGUUGAAGGGAGACAUCCGUCCUGCCAUUGAGACUCAUGAAAUGUUGUAUCAAGUCACCAAGAAACACAACUUCCUCCCCGAGGCCUUCACGACAGAUUUCAGGGUCCACUGGGCCCAGCAUCCUCUGAGGCCAGAGUUUGCCGAGAGCACCUAUUUCCUUUACAAGGCCACAGGAGACCCGUACUAUCUCGAAGCGGGUCGCACCAUCAUGGACAACCUCAACCGCUUUGCUCGGGUCCCGUGCGGUUUCGCUGCCAUGAAGGACGUGCGGACCGGCAGCCACGAGGACCGAAUGGACUCUUUCUUCCUGGCCGAGAUGUUCAAGUACCUUUUCCUACUUUUCGCUAACCCGGAGGACCUCCGCUUCGACGUGGAGGACUACAUCUUCACCACCGAAGCACAUCUGCUGCCUCUGUCGCUCUCCACAACGCCUCACCUUUCAUCCGUCCCCCCAAACGGAACGAUACCUCAGUCGAAGCAGGAACUGGACGACUCCAACUUCGACUGGACCUGCCCCAACACGCGUCUCAUGUUCCCCGACCCGGCCUUCCCACGUAACCUGAGGGAACCCAUCCGGAGCGCCGUGGACAAGGGCUGCCCGCGGCCCGCCGCUUACAGGCAGCCCGGCAUGGGAGCCCCUCCUCUGAGAGCUCAGGACUUCAUGGCCAACAACCCGGAACAUCUGGAGCUGCUGAGGCGGAUGGGCGUCAGCCUCAUCCACUUGAAGGACGGCAGGGUGCAGCUGGUGCAGCAUGCCGCGCAGGCGGUGAGUCCCAUCGCAGCGGAGGACGGCGUCCGCUUCAUGCAGGAGAUGAUGGAGCUCUCCAGCCAGCAGCAGAAGGAGCAGCUGCCUCCCCGAGCCAUACAGAUCAUCUCGCAUCCCUUCUUCGGCCGCGUGGUGCUGACCGCCGGCCCGGCGCAGUUCGGCACCGACUUGUCCAAAAGCUCCGCCGGGGUCCGAGGCUUUGUCACCGUUGCCCAGCCGUACAGCGGCUGCGACGAGAUCACCAACAGCGAGAUUGUGCGGGGCCACAUCGCUCUGCUGCAGAGGGGCCAGUGCAUGUUUGCCGAGAAGGCGCGGCACAUCCAGAAGGCCGGCGCCGUCGGCGGCAUCGUCGUCGACGACAGCGUGGGAAGCAGCAGCGACACGGCGCCGCUCUUCCAGAUGGCCGGUGACGGCCGCAACACGGACGACAUCACUCUGCCCCUCCUCUUCGUCUUCUACAAGGAGGGCAACAUCCUGCUGGAGGCGCUGAAGGAAUACCGGGAGGUGGAGGUGCUGCUGAGCGACAAAGCCCGAGACAGAGGCGCCGACGUCCAACAGGCGGAGGAGGACUUCCAAACCGAGGCCACCGCGCCGACGGGAUCCGAGUCGGAGGUGACUGCGGAAGAUCAAGGCGCCGCUCCGGCGGAAGGUGAGGACGUCAGGUCGGCGGGGGAAGUCGGGUCGGCGGAGGAAGUCGGGUCGGCGGAGGACGUCGGGUCGGCGGAGGACGUCGGGUCGGCGGAGGACGUCGGGUCGGCGGAGGACGUCGGGUCGGCGGAGGACGUCGGGUCGGCGGAGGACGUCGGGUCGGCGGAGGACGUCGGGUCGGCGGAGGACGACGUGCCGAAAGCGGACUCCGGGGAGGAUGAGGAGCGUAGGGAUGACGCGGACGGCGCCGGGCAAUCUGUGGACCAGCUACUGGCUGACUGGCGGGACGAAUUGGAGGCCUUGCGGCAAAUGGAGAAAGAUGAGCUUUGACGCUCCCGUCCAACGGUGACCCGACGCCGUCGGCGCGCUCGCGGCCUCAUCGGCGGACCGCACGCAGUCCCAAAGCGAGUCCGGCCCGCCCCGAGUGGACCACGAUGGAGACCUCUUAACCCUGCUUGAUGACCGAUGACAGCUAGGGUUGCAAAAUUGCGGGAAUUUGGAAAGUUGGAAACUCUCCAUUCAAGGAGGAGUUUGGGUUUUUUAAAUCGCAAACAAGAUUUUAAUGUAAUUCUCGUCAAGUUUCCAAUUUGGAAUCUUUCCAAAGUUCCCAUGGACUGCUACGUGAAAAUCUUUUCAAUUCUACUCUUACCUCACUGACAUUUCGUGACCAUGAUUACUAUCAAAUGGACAGAUUUUGUAAUUUGUGUACAAGACCAGUGUUUCCCAACUAAGGCACUUCUCUCAAAAAGUUCAGAAUAUCCAGCUUUUGGGUCAAAUAGCAAGUUAAUUGUAUAUUCUAAUAUCUAGUGGAAGAGUAUUUGAUUGUUAGGCCUGCCACCAUGUGUUGCUGGCGUGGACGGAUGCAGAUAGAGAAGGUAAAUUCAUUUGCUUAUCAAAUCUCUGGUUGGAAUUGGUUAAUUUCCCUCAACGUGGUUGGGAAUCAUUGAUCUCCAUCUCCACCAAUCAGUGAGUUUUGCCACUGCUGUUUUGUUCUCUGAGGAAUUAAGGAAAAUGGAGGGGCAGGUUCUAUAGAAAUCAACAGUUUUCUCUUUCGUAUUUGUUUGAUGUAACUCACAUCAGAUCCGUGGUGGAGGUCAUUAUUUGCGCUGGUGUCCUAUGCAUUGCAGACUUUUUGUAAAAAAGAAAAAGAGCAUCUUUCAUUCAUCAGUGGAUCUUUAUUUAAUUAUAAUUUGAUUUGAAUUUCUUGCGCAGUUCGAAGUGUUUGGGAAAGGUCUAAAACUGCUGCUCCGAAUGGAUGCUUAAUGAGAAACCAAACAUCAUUUCACCUCGUCAAUUCACGACUCACAAAAAGUUUGGAAUCUGCAUGAAAAUGUAUCCAAAUGAAUCUAAAAUGUGCAAGGUCAACAUGAUGACAUUUUCUGUGCUUAUUGACUGAACUAACGUAAAAAGGUGUUUGCUCGUAACCGUUCAAGCCACCCUACGGUGUGAAACUAUGAAAAUGAUGAUGAGCAGAAAGACAAUGAGAAACAACACUGAUGAGGAACUGAAUAAAACGUGAGAUUUUCGAGGA